UGCCCCCUUCAAAGUACAUAGGCUGAAAAUGAAAUGACCCUCCACGCAGUUUUAAAUAAAAUACUGAAUCUCCUUGACAACCAGCGUCCAAUGAGAUAUCUACUGACGUCACAAAGUGAAUGUUCGCCAUACAUUUUCUGUCCACUCGAAAGUGAACUGGUGUGGCAGGAAUAAAAGAAGCUGACACCCUUUGCCGAUUGAUAGAGGAGACCACAGGUGCGAGAUCAGGAUGAGACUUAUACUUUUGUGUCUGGCGCUGGUCUGUGGGACCUAUGGGGCUAACUUGUCGAGGGAGGAAGCCAAGGCACGGUGUCUAAUUGACAAGCCUACUGUGACGCAAGGUGUCGCCUACGUCGCCGACGAAGACUGCGCCUAUUUCUGGCAGUGUGACUUUGCUUAUGGGUAUCUGAAAAAUGUCACCCUUCUUCAGUGUCCCAUUGGAACGAUGUGGGCGUCUGUUGCUGACCCGGCAAACCCCCCUCCCCCGGGCCAAGAGGCUGUGAUCUGCCUCCUCUGUGAGAUACACCCUCUCCAGAAGUGCAUGGAGCAGCACCCCAUUCCGUCCCCGCAGUGCCCAAACCCUCCACCCCCGAAAUCCACUACGCCUGAGCCAAGACCACCCCUUGGAGAUAAAUACUGUGAAAUCAACGGGCAUCAGUUUCAGGAAAUUUUAGGAGAGACCAGAAAGGUGUGGUACCUGAAUUCAAAUGGGACAAAGGAUUGUGCAACAUUGGUUUUUAACUUCAAACCAGACGUGUGCGCAUGCGUCGGGGAACGUGAGUAUCCAAUGUGGUGGUCGUUCACCGAGAACAUGAACGCAUUCGGUAACAGAGCGUUCGCUGGCGUGGAGCCCGAGGACUCGGUUGUUCUCUCGUCGACUCCAGGCUGCGCAAACUUUUCUGGUGAUGGCGGACUUCAAAUUCCUUUUUUCAAGAACAUGGGUCCAAAACAAAACUGGAAUGUGGCCGUUGUGUUCAGUAGGACCCAGGACCAGCAGGCUGUCAUUGUACACCGGACACCAGGGAUUUAUAUAGACGGGGAUGACAUCAUUGUAUCUGUUGACGUCAUGGAUUACUACGGCAACACGCAGUCAGUGGUCGUGGUAGUCAAUGUGCCCACAGGACCGGGCUUUCUAGGUUUGACCAUGACGUGGAAUGGGCGUGAUCUUGACGUCACUGUUUACACACAAAGUGGCGGAGUGUUCCCAGACAUCAGUCUGUCAUAGACCCCAAUGUAGAGAACCUAUGGGCCAUAUACUAUCCUCCUCAGGAACCCUUGUUCGUAGGUCACGUUCCGAAUCCUCCGUACGUCUCCCCAGCCCCCAGCUAUGUAGGACAGAUAUGCUUCUUAUACUUCACAGACAGGGGCUUUGGCGCCGCAGGGUCUGCCGGCGCUGGUGAUGAGAAGGCUGCCAUUAAGGACGUCUACAAGGGUCCGGCGUUUGCAGGUCCUCCGUUCAAUGAAUUGUGAGGUUACACCACCAAUAAUGCUAGAAACCGCGAUAAUCGUGUUUAACGGAAAAAGCGCGUCAUGAAGAAGUCAACAAAUAAUACAUUUGUUCCUUUGAUUUUUUACUGGGAAAUUUUCAGCAAUGCGAAGAAAGAUGACCUCUCGCAACAGAAAAAGGCAACCCAUUGUUAAAUAUGACAUUGUUGAUUUUUGCAUUUUGAAAAAGUACAUUGUAUGGUAUCUGCUAAAAUUGAUAGCUCAUUACGUCUGUAAUUAUAUUUGAUAAUUAAGGCCUAGGCAAUGAUUACAAUAUUUGGUCAUCAUUUUUACGUUUCCAGGACACGUUAAGCAUGUGGCUUUUUUUUCCGAGGACCGAACUUUUAACAAAACAACCAAAUUAAAUAUUUUUGGACAAGAUGUGUAGCGACUGCCCAGGGAUACUUUUGGUUGCUCUUAAUGUAGACCGAGAUACCUAUUUAUGAAUAAAUAAACAUGCCUAGCUUUAAAAAUGAA